AUGAGCCAGAAAUGCUCCUGGUACAAAAAAGGCAAACUAAAGGCAAUUUUUACGGUCGACGACCAUCAGGAAAUGUUGGAUGACAAUGUAACAAUCGAACACACCCGAUCCACCGAACGUUCGGGUACUCCUAACACACACGAUUCAAUCCAUGAGUUCGCUGGCGGUUCAAGUCAUUCACGCGGACAAGACGAAGACGAAGACGUUCAAGACGACGACGAAGACAGUGAAGUAUCUUCACUGUAUGAGUUCAUCGAGGUGUGCGCACCUCCCAAGCCGCCCGGUGAUCCAGGAGGGGACGAAGGCGACGGAAAUAGAGGUAGGGACACCGCAGGGCCCUCGACGGGAUCAACUACUAGACGAACCGCGCUUUCACUUGACGACGAUGACGACGAGAGAGUGGUGGAUGAAGACAAAGAAGCAGGUGAAGUGACUCACGUCGACGCGGAGGUGCGCAGGAAAUGGCUAAAGGGUAGGGAGGGAGGAUCAUCAGCUAGUGGAGCAUCCGCUGAGCGUGCAGAGCACAGGCCUGUUAGCGAAGAUGUAGAAGAAAAGCAAGACGAUGAACGUACCGAACAAUCGGAGAACCCUUGGGAGCCGUUCGAGUCCGAGAUGGACUGGCGGUUCGCGUCUUGGGCAAUCCAGGAAGGACUGACCCUUGGCUCCAUUGACAGAGCGUUGGAAAUCCCGGGCCUGCGAGAGAAACUCGGCCUGUCAUAUCCCAACAGCCGAGCUCUCCUUCAGCGCGUGGACUCGCUGCCCGAGAGGGCGGAGUGGAUGGAACGAAUCCUCUCGUUCAAGGACCGCCCGAACGAGAGGCAUCUCCUCCAGUUCCGCGACAUCAUCCAAGCUAUACGUACAUUACUAGGCAACCCAGAGCACGCCGAUCAAAUCGUGUAUCGACCGCGACGCAUUUUCUCGGACGCGUCUAGGAAGCACCGGGUCUACAACGAGAUGUGGACCGGGCGUUGGUGGCACGCAGUCCAGUCUCUUACCUGUAGGCUCGGCUGUAGCUCCAGUAAUUAUCGCAACGGACAAAACUCAGCUAACACAAUUUCGGGCAACAAAGCAGCUUACCCGGUCUACAUGACGCUCGGGAAUAUUCCGCGUGCUCUGAGGCGCAAGCCGUCAGAGCACGCGUGUAUCCUCAUUGGCUAUCUUUCGGUCGACAAGAUCAGCUCAGAAGGUAUCACGCAGCGCAAGCAACGCGCUCUCGGCCAGCAAUUAUUCCACGCGUCGGUACGCGCUAUCUUGGAGCCGCUGGUCAAGGCGGGAAAGGAAGGCAUCGACGUUAUCUCUGGUAAUGGCGAGUGCCUGGUCACUUGCGCUAAGUCUGGGACUUGCCCCAAGUGCCAGGUACCCGAGGAACUACUCGAAUCCGCAAAGCCUGGUACGCCGCGCUCUUCACUCUGGACAUUAGAUGUCCUUCGCCGCGCCAGCGAGAAAACGCAAGGCAACACGAGCUCGAACGCGUACACUCGAGCGUGUCAAGACCUCAACGUUUCCGGCUAUGUCGUGCGCCCAUUCUGGCGCGAUCUUCCGUAUACCGAAAUUCACUCGUGCAUAACCCCUGACGUACUCCAUCAAUUGUACCAGGGCGUUUUCAAACAUAUCAUUGAAUGGUGCACCGAACUCGUCGACGAGCACGAGCUCGAUCGGCACAUCCGCUGCCUUCCGCCCGCGUUCGGCACUCGCCACUUCAAGAACGGGAUUUCCUCCCUAUCUCAGGUCUCAGGUACCGAGCGCAAGCACAUGGCGAGGAUACUCCUCGCGUGUCUUGUAGGCAAGAUACCCAACAAAGCCAUUCUCGCAUUCAGGUCUAUCCUCGAUUUCGUCUAUCUCGCGCAAUAUACAACUCAUGAUGACAAGACGCUCCAGUACAUGGAUGACUCACUUAAGACAUUCCAUCGCAACAAACACGUCCUGGUCGACCUCGGAAUGGUUCGCUGGCUGGCACGACAAGAGAAGAUGGUCGUGCUCAGCUCUACCAUCCGGCGCUGGCUCAGGAGUACCGGUCGCGAACGAAGGGAUGACGAUCCUGAUCGCGAUGCAGACAACAUAGACAAUUCAGACCGAGAUAUAAUACCAGGCCCGAGAUCGCGUCGUAAUGGUCGAAUCAAGUUGGCGAAGUACCCCUCUGCACCCCUCCAGGCUCUCCCGUCCAUCGUCGACAAACACCAUUCCCCCGGCUUCAUCGACGCCCUCGCCCAGUAUAUCUACACGCUGAAGAACGGACGACCUUUGACCUCCUCUCAACUCAAGAACGCCAUCCACCGCAUGCCCUUCCAACGUCUCGAUGUAUUCUACGGCUUCAAGUUUAUGCCCGAACCUUUGACCGACGACACGCCGCAGGACACCGACGCGGUGAAAGCGAAGCCCGCCCAGGCUGGACAAGCCGCGCGUUUCGAUACGGUCGUUGUGCUGCAGGGAGAAGACGCCGAAGCUACCGGCUUGCAAGGUACCAGGAUCGGACGCGUUAAAAUUAUAUUCAAGCUACCUCGCGAGAUCAAAGACCCUCGAACACUACAGCCGCUGCAAGCUCCGUCUGAGUGGGCUAGCCAAGGGCCCCUUGCGUACGUUGAAUGGUUCUCUAAAUUACCUACUCAAGCCGACCCCGUACAUAUGAUGUACCCUGUUCACAAACCACCCCUUCGCGCGAACGGCCAGCCCGUCGAAUGGCGCACACGGCGGAACCGCAUCCUGGAUGGGCACUGGGUGAACCCGACGGACGAGUACAACAUGCGCUGGGUGAGCACGGCCGCUAAUACUCCCCAGGCACAGCACCCGUGUCCAUGGAACGCGGGAUCUGUGUUCGACGGCGCGCUGGAGGACGGUGAGGCGCACGCGGACGGCGGGGAGCUCGCGCACCCGCGCCCGAAGACGAUCGCUGCAUUGCGUCCGCCGACGUACUUUAUCUCCAGCAUGACGUACCAAGCGUACCGACUCGCGGCGGAGUGCGCGGCCGACGGGAAGGACGCGGUGGAGGUCGCACGGGGUAUGUCGAUGGACGACGUCGCCGUGGUGCUCAGGGACGAGGCAGUGUGGCGGACGGGCGUGGACUGGCUCGAAUGGCGCGCGAAUCAGCAGGAGCAUGAUCGUAGGCGACGGAGGGAGAAGGACGACGAUGCGGAGUCUACGUCGUCCCGAUCGAGCGGUUCGCAUAUGACAAGUCCCGGAUUGUCGACCACGACGCUGCGAACGACGCCGUCGCCCCCACCGAGUAGCGUCAAGGACGACGACGCGAUGUCGUCCUCCCCUGUGUCGGCCAUCCCGCCUGCGCUGGAGUCGAGCCCGAUUCUCAAGUCCCCGCAGCUGAUGCACCCCAUUCCGUAUGUUCCCGCGAAGGUGUCCCAUCUCCCAGAGUAUAGCAUCGGCACGUUCCGAUCAUCGUGGGCGAAUGCUUGCGCUCCGCUGUACCAGUGCUAUCGCUCCAUCUGCCAACGACGCGUCAUGCAGAUGAAUGCUGCGGCCAACGCUGCAGCCGUCCAGGACCAGACCGCCACGUCCGACGUCACGCCCGCUGUGCAGAUUCCUCAGGUGCAAGUGGAGAUCGUGCGUGCGGAGGAAGAGGAAGAAGAGGACGAUGACGAUGACGACGACGACGAUGUGGAGGAGAGCGUGUCCGAGCUGGACAUGUCGGAGUAUGAGGUAGUCCUCCGUGGGGUGAACCCACGCAAGCGGUCCUCGCAGGAGCUCGACGUCGAUGCGUACUCAGACACGAAGCCGGACGCUGCGCGGCGGGGCGGCUUGCCGCCGAAGCGUGCACGGACGGAUGGAUCGUACUCACCAUCGAUGGUCCCGAUGACGCCGUCCCCCGGCCGGUUACGCAAACGCCCGUUGGAGGAGCUCGAGGAGGACAGCGAGGCCACGCAGGGCAACGGCGAGCACGAGCUACGAAGACGCACAUUGCAAUUCGUCGAAUAUGACUAUGCCGGGAGCGAGCUGUUUGUUCUCGAUGGUGAAGCAUUGUUGCAAGAGUUCCUCCGUUGGAUCGAUGAUGACGAACGCGACGCGGCGGCCGUGCGAGACAAGAAUACUGUCGCGAUCUUGCGGAUGGUCAAGGAUACGUAUCAGCAGCCCAACCUUUUCUCCUUCGCAGUCGAUAUCCUCGACAUGUGUCUUGGCGCUAUCGGCUUGUCGUCUGUGAUCAGCGAUCUGAACGCAUCGUCCCCUGCGCGAGCGGACGUCGACCGGGCACUUGCUUUCAAGUUCGUCAAGCUGGUGAAGUCGUGCAACGACAGGCGGUGGAGAGGCGAGUAUGAGGCAGGAACAGGCAUACCUUUGUUGGCAACAACCUCAAGUGGACGCCCAGCUCUCGAGUCCCUAGCAUAUCCCCUCGACUCUACCCCUCGACGCCUCGACUCUGGAGAUUUCAGCUCGAAGCCUCGCGGCUCUGGCGCCACCAACACAGCGCUGUCUCAGGUUCAUCGAUCUCAGCCUGAGCCCCUUCACCGCCCUCGCCAGUGA